AUUUUUUAGCCAGUAAAAUCGAAGACUCCGAGCACCUCCGUCGAAGAAAAUGUGACCGGCUUCUGGGGAAAUUGUCGCGCCGAAUUUGUGAUUUUUACGGGACGUUUAAGAUUCUGAUGCAACAUGGCGAAAAACCGCUUAAUUUACGCGCUCCAAAUUCUAACAAUGGCGUCGUUUCCGUUUCCCGUAAAGAUGGCGUUUCCGCCCAGUUUGAGAUAUCCUCUGCCGAUAGCCCUCAACAAAAUUACAGGAUUGAAUUUUACCUGCGACUCCGACAAUUUCAACGUUUCCAUUUCGACACACUUGCCCUUUAAAGGGCUGCUUUUCGCCAAGGACUUCGCGCAGGAAUGCAAAGCCAAAGGUGACAUGUCCAAUAAAAUCCAAUUAAGUUUACCCACCUCAGGGUGCGGUGUCAGAUUGAGUUCAGCUUCGACAAAUCAACAUGAGGCUGAAAUGUUUUACACGGUGAAUAUUGUGAUUCAGCAAGACAGGCACUUGAGACAGAUCAGCGAUCAAGAGAAGACCAUCAAGUGUCCGUUGAAGGACGAAGAUCUUUUGGUGAAGAGCAAGGCUUUGGCAAAAACACUGAAGCAGCUGAAGGAUGGAAGAAUACAUCAAAGAGUCGGACGUAUGAAGAACGAGGGCUGGUCUAAAGAACUGGACGGCAAACAACUCGAAGAGGAACUUAACGAAGCUCUAUCAGCAGCAAGAGCGUGGAUGGAGAUAGUUCCCGAAAGCUCGGAGGAUACAUCCUUUGAUACUCUUGAAGUUGGAGAAAUUGCUAUGUUGAGCGUUAAAUCAACUCUACCAGUCGGCAUAGGCUGGAAAGUAGUAGACUGCAUAGCCCACGACGGUCUCGGAGACUCCUCUCAGAAGCUCAUUAACGAAAACGGCUGUCCCGUCGACGAGGCUCUAAUGCCCGCUCUAAUCUACGGCCCCAUCAGGCCCAUAGCUUUGAUGCACCACCAGGAAGCCGUGACCAGAUUCUCCGCGUUCAAAUUCCCCGACAGAGACAGAUUGCACUUGUCUUGCGGACUGCAGCUCUGCAAAGGGGAAUGUUCUAAGCACACUUGCGGUAGUUUGGAUGACAUGCGGAGCCCUAGAGCCUUCUCCGAAGCUUCCGAAGGGGACGUUUUGGAUAGGUUGGAGGUUUUCAACAGCGUUGAGGUGAUUGCGCCGGAAAUCGACGAUUUAAGGGGCAGCGAAAGGCUCCAGAGCGUUCCGGAAACAUUCACUUUUACAAACAUACCGGGCGACAGGACAUUCUGCGUGUCGCAGGACAAAAUGGCCAUAGCCUUCUGCAUCCUCGGCAUGAUUUUUCUGAUCGCUAUAAUAAUAGCAGCCUGCUCGUUGAUCAAAUCGAAGCGGGACGGGCACGGCAUCCCUUACUACUCCAGGAGCUUGUUCUCAGGAAGCAGCACCAGCGGCUCCAUUUUCGGCAGCAAACUGCUCCUGCGCGAAAGCCCAAGCCCCAGGAACAGCCCUUCACACUCCAGAGGAUUGCAAUACGGCAGGAUCUUGUGAUGUUUGUGAUGUGAAUUAAAAUUUGGUAUAUACAGGUAGAUGCAAAUUGUUUGCAAUAUAGGCUAUGUGUGCAACGAAGACAACUUUCAUUGGAAAAAGAAAGAGUGACGUUGUUAAUUGAAUUGUAACUUUCUCACUUUAUCCACUGUUAUUUUAAUAAUCUUUCUUUGUUUAACUCGUAUAGAAUUGACCAUAUUGCAAAACAAUUUUUUACUUAUGUGUAUGCUAGAACGAUGUAAUAUGUAAUAUUGAUCUUGAAAAAAGUAAUUAGGAUAUAAUGAGUCAAUUAAUAGGUAAAUAUCAUAAUUAACGGUGAUUGAUGAAUCGACAUUAUGUCAAAUGUUAAAUUUGACAAUUUGGAAAAUGUUUCGUCAGAGCACCCUUGAUUACGAUUAAGAUAUUAAUGGGCUUAAAUAAAACCUGAGAUUAAUAAAAAAAGGGUGUCAAAAUUAUCAAAUUAUAAUUGUGUUUAAAAAAAACUGUAGUCGACUGAAUCUAUAUAUUUACGUUAUAUGCAUACAUAACACCUAUUGUAAUUUGUAAAAGGGCCUCAGCCUCAUUUAAUAAAUCGGGAAUAGUAAAAGUUACUCGCUGAAUACGUUCAAAAAUAUACAGGGCGAUUAAAAUUUGGUUUGUUACAAAUUUUUAUCGCCUCGUUUGAAUUUAGCUCGUGUCGUUAAUCAUUGGUGUAUGGUGUAUAUGGGAUAAAUUUGUCUGAUAUUUUUGAUGAUUAAAGCAAAAAUGUUAGACAAUUCGUAUUAAAUAGAAUUGCGCAGAAUUUUUUACUAUCGAGAGUUAAAAAUUUUUUGCGACAUUCUGUGUAUAGCUAUAACUAAUACUAACUUAUAAUGUCUAGAAAUUGUAUGUUUAGCUUAACUGUAAUAAACUUUUUUAAACCUCGUCAAUUCAUGUGUUUUAAAUAAUUAAGCAAUUUAAUUGUUAAUUAAUUAUACGCAUAAUUAAAAUUAUAAAAUAUAA